AUGAUAGAGAAUACCAAAGUGAAUAUAUUUUAUGGAAAUAAUAAGUAUCCAUUUAUUUGUAAGAGCAUUUUGAAUGUAUAUAAAAAUAAGAAUAAGAAGAUUCUUGAGAAAACGGAAACUACUGUAAAUGUUGAUGAGAACAUAAAGUUUAUAAAGGAUGCAAAUGUCGAAGAACUAAAAAUUGAAUUUUUAACUAACGCUCCGAACAAUAAUAACAAUAAUAAUAAUAAUAACAAUAAUAAUAAUAAUAACAAUAAUAAUAAUAAUAAUAAUAUUAAUAAGGGUAAUAUGAACCACUGUGGUAAGAAUCAAGAAGAAGAAAAAAAAAACUUAAGCAAAAGUAAUAAUAUUGAAAAGGUACCAUAUAUUUGUAGUAGUGAUAAGAUAUUCGCCAAAAUAUUAGAUCAUCUAUUAAAAACAGAUUUAUAUAAUAUAUCUGAAAAAAUAGAUCCUAAGAACAAUAAAGUUGUUAAUAUUUAUGUACAAACACAAUAUGAGGAAUGGCUUGAUUUUUUUAGAUCGAGAAAUGUUAACAAAGAUAUUGUAUUUAUAUGUGAACAUCUUAACAAGCAUUUACAUUUAAACACCUUUGUUGUUUCAGAAUAUUUAACAUUGUCCGAUAUCUUUAUAUAUUUUCAAAUGUAUAAAUAUUUUCAUGUGAGUAGUACCCAGUAUGCCAAAUAUUCAAAAAUGUACAAGAAUAUUAAUAGAUGGCAUAAAUUAAUAGAUUCCCUAAUUUAUUUUGAAGACGCUGAAUGGAAAAAAAACUUGAAAUGUUUAAUUUGUGAUAAUAAAAUGAACUUUGAUGAUAGAAAGGAUAAUUUAAAAAAUAAUAAUAAAUCAAUGAAUAAUACCGAUGAUGUAAAAUGUAAGAAAAAAACGGUUACUACAUCAUAUUCAGGCAAAUUAGAAAAUGCAGUUAUUGGGAAUGUAGUUACACGAUUUCCACCUGAACCAUCAGGUUAUUUACAUGUGGGUCAUGCGAAAGCGGCUUUUUUAAAUAAUUAUUAUGCACAAAUGUAUGAAGGAAAGAUGUUAUUACGUUUUGAUGAUACCAAUCCUGUUUUAGAAGAUAUAAAAUAUGAAAAGUCGAUUAUUGAAGAUUUAGAAAAUCUUGGAUUAAAAUAUGAAAAAAUUAGUUAUUCUUCUGAUCAUUUUGAUUUAUUAGAAAAAUAUUGUAUUGAUAUGAUAAAAAUGAAUAAAGCAUAUGCUGAUGAUACUGGUGUAGAAGAUAUGAGAAAUCAAAGAGGGGAAGGUAUCGAAUCUAUUAAUAGAAAUAAUUCAAUAGAAAAGAAUUUGGAAUUAUUUAAUGAAAUGAGAAAAGGUACAGAAAUAGGUCAAAAAAAUUGUAUAAGAGCUAAAAUUAAUAUGCAGAGCAAAAAUAAAUGUAUGAGAGAUCCAGUAAUGUAUCGUUGUAUUGUAGAUGUACCACAUCAUAAACAUCAAUUUAAAUAUAAAUGUUAUCCAACAUAUGAUUUUGCAUGCCCAAUUAUUGAUUCAAUUGAAGGUGUAACUCAUGCAUUACGAACAAAUGAAUAUAGUGAUAGAAUUGAACAAUACAAUUGGUUUAUAUCCACAUUAAAUUUAAGAAAAGUAUAUAUAUAUGAAUUUAGUAGAUUAGCAUUUGUAAAAACUGUAAUGUCAAAAAGAAAAUUAAAAUGGUUUGUAGAAAAUAAUGUGGUAGAUAGUUGGGUAGAUCCACGUUUUCCAACAAUCAAAGGUAUAUUAAGAAGAGGAUUAACAAAAGAAGCAUUAUUUCAAUUUAUUUUAGAACAAGGUCCAUCAAAAGCUGGAAAUUUAAUGCAAUGGGAUAAAUUGUGGUCUAUUAAUAAACAAAUUAUUGAUCCAAUUAUACCUAGAUAUGCCGCUGUUGAUAAAAAUUCAAGUAUCCUUUUAAUAUUAACAGAUUUAACCGAUCAAGUUAUUCAAAAAGAGAGAGAUUUACAUAUGAAAAAUAAAUCCUUAGGAACAUGUAACAUGUAUUAUAAUAAUAAAUAUUUAAUAGAAUUAGAAGAUGCACAAACCUUACUUGAAAAUGAAGAAAUUACAUUAAUCAAAUUAGGAAAUAUUAUUAUAAAAAAUAUUGAAAAAGAGAAUGGUAAAAUUAAACAAAUAAAUGCACUUUCAAAUUUUCAUGGAGAUUUUAAAACAACCAAAAAAAAAAUACAUUGGUUACCUUAUCUACCUCAACAAUUAAUCACAUGUACACUAUAUGAAUAUGAUCAUCUAAUAACUGUUGAUAAAUUUGAAAAUGAUAACAAAGACGAUUGGACCAAUUUUAUUAAUUUUAAUAGUAAACAUGAAACAUUAGUGUAUGCCGAACCAUCCAUUUCUUCCUUAAAAGUUUCUGAUAAAUUUCAAUUUGAAAGAAGAGGAUAUUUUAUUCUUGACAAAAUCGAUCCACAUCAUCAUUUACAUUUAAUUAAAAUACCAGAUGGAAAAUCCAAAAAUAUGUCCAUAAUAACUACCAAAGUUGACCCAAAACAAUUAGCAGGAACAAAAGAUACAAAAGAUGCAAAAGAUACAAAAAAUACAAAAGAUACAAAAAAUACAAAAGAUACAAAAGAUACAAAAAAUACAAAACCUAAUUAA